AUGUCGGCUGAUUAUUCCAAGCACCCCUUCCUGCUGACAGCAGAGGAGGCUGCUCGUGCCCUCGGCACCGACCUCGACAAGGGCCUCACCAGCCAGCAGGUCGCCGAGGCGCAGCAGAACUAUUCAAACGCCAUGGUCCUGGGUCUCGUCUUCGCCAUGAUCCUCUCCUUCGCCAUCAAUGACUACAUUGAGGGCGGUGUCCUUGCCUUUGUCAUCUUCGCCAAUGUCACAAUUGGCUUCUAUCAAGAGUACCGUGCCGAACAGCGCAUGGAUGCCCUCCGAGCCCUCUCUUCUCCCUCGGCCAUGGUUUUGCGCGACGGCAAGACCCAGGUCAUCUCCAACCCCGACGUCGUGCCCGGUGAUAUCAUCCUUCUCAAGAUGGGCGACACCAUCCCCGCCGAUCUCCGCAUCUACGAAGCCAUGAACUUGUCGUGUGACGAGCAGUCUCUCACGGGAGAAUCUCUCCCAGUCGAUAAGAGCAUCAAUGCCGACCUCGUCAUUCCCGGCACCGACACGGUGGCCACCAGCCCUCAGGACCUCGUGGUCGGAGACCGCAUCAACAUGGCCUACGCUACCACCAUUGUGAAGAAGGGCCGCGGCCGCGGUAUUGCUGUCUUCACUGGCAUGAAGACUGCCGUCGGUGAAAUUGCCGCCUCGACCACCAAGAAGAAGCGCAAGCCCGGCCGCUCGAUGAACGCGAAGAAGUACGGCGCCAAAGCCCCUUUUGUCGGCGGCUCCAAGCGCACCUAUGAUGCUGUGGGCAAGUUCCUUGGGUUGACCGAGGGAACCCCUCUCCAGCGGAAGCUUGCAGUGUUGGCCUACUUCCUUUUUGGCUGUGCCAUCAUUCUCGCCAUGAUCGUCUUUGGCGCCCACAAAUUUGAUCUGUCCGGCGAGGUCAUCAUUUAUGCCGUGUCACUCGGCAUUGCCAUCAUCCCGGAGUCACUCGUAGCGGUUCUCACCAUCACCAUGGUCGUUGCAGUCACUGUCAUGCGCAAGGCCAACGUCGUCGUCCGCGACCUCUCUGCCCUGGAAGCUCUCGGCGGCGUGACCAACAUUUGUUCCGACAAGACUGGCACUUUGACUCAGGGCGCCAUGAUUGUCCGCAAGGCCUGGCUCCCUACCUCGCACACCUACACCGUACACGACUCGCAGAACCCUAACGAUCCCACUGUCGGUCGUGUCACGUAUACCGCGUCUCGCAAAGAAGAGGAGGCUCAACCUCGCAAGGACUACGACCAAGAGAGGUCCGCUGGUGCUCUCACCUUUGAUGUUCCCGAGACCCGAGAGAAGCCUUCCAAGCCCAAGGAGCCCGAGGUGCCGGCUGAAAUGAAUGAUGCUCUCGAGGCGUUCCUCCUUUCUUCCGCUCUUUGCAACCUGGCCACUGUCCGUUUCGACGAAGAUGAGAAGAAGUGGCAGACCACUGGCGAGCCAACUGAGAUUGCUCUUCAAGUUUUCGCCCACCGAUUCAAGCUCGGCAAGAAGGGUCUUGAGGCCGGGGGCUGGAAGCAACUCGGUGAAUUUCCCUUUGACAGCUCUAUCAAGCGCAUGUCCGUGGUCUUUGAUGCCCCGCAAGACGGAUCGCCCCAGCUCCUGUCCACAGACAACAGCCUCGUCUUCACCAAGGGCGCUGUUGAGCGUGUCCUCGACCUCUGCAGCCACAUCGGUUACGGCGAUUCCAAGCAAGUCAUGACGGAUGAGCUGAAAGAAGAGGUUCUUGGCCAAAUGAACCAUCUCGCCUCGCAGGGCCAGCGUGUCCUUGCAAUCGGCUACAAGGAGUGGGACGGCAAGUUUGAAAUGCCUCACAUCCAUGGCAAAGCUGAGGCGGGUGCCGAGGAGGCCAUGAGGAACGAGAUUGAAGAUGACCUGACGCUUCUCGGCCUCGCUGGUAUCUACGACCCGCCCCGUCGCGAGACCAAGGACUCCAUUUCUGAGUGCUCGACCGCUGGUAUCCGCGUCCACAUGCUGACUGGCGACCAUCCCGAGACUGCCAAGGCUAUUGCAAAGGAAGUCGGCAUCAUUCCCAAGAACAUGGGUAUCUUGCCCGAAAACGUCGCACGUCACGCUGUCAUGAAAGCCACCGACUUUGAUCGAAUGACCGAUCAGGAGCAGGACGCUCUCGAGGAGCUGCCUCUGGUUAUUGCACGAUGCGCCCCCGAGACCAAGACUAGGAUGAUCCAUGCCCUUCGUCGCCGAAACGCCUUCAUGGCGAUGACCGGUGACGGUGUCAACGACGCGCCCUCGCUGUCAAGCGCCGAUGUCGGUAUCGCCAUGGGGUCUGGAUCCGACGUGGCCAAGGGCGCGUCUAAGAUUGUCCUGACCGAUGACAAGUUCAAUUCCAUUGUGUCCGCCAUCCGUCAGGGACGUCGCAUGUUCGACAAUAUCCAGAAGUUCAUCCUCCACCUGCUGACGUCCAACGUCGGUGAAGUCAUUCUGCUUGUUGCUGGACUUGGUUUCCGCGACGCCCAGAAUCUUGCUGUUUUCCCCGUUUCGCCUCUCGAGAUUCUUUGGAUCAACAUGGUCACCUCGUCGUUCCCAGCCUUCGGUCUCGGCCGUGAGGCUGCCGCCCCGGACGUCAUGCGCCGACCCCCUCACGACAAGAAGCGCGGCGUCUUCACCAACCAAAUCAUGAUUGACAUGCUAGUCUACGGCGUCAUCAUGGGCGCUCUCACCAUGGUCAGCUUCUGCAUUGUUAUCUGGGGCGCCAACGAUGGCAACCUCGGCUCCGAGUGCAACAAGUCCUUCUCUGACGAGUGCAUCCCUGUCUUCCGCGCCCGUGCAUGUGUCUUUGCCGAGCUGACCUGGAUGAUUCUUCUUUCUGCCUGGGAGUUCAAGAGCCUGCGUCGUUCUAUGUUCCGCCUCAACCCCGACGACGAGAGCCGCUUCCCCCUGUUCAAGGAUCUCUGGAGCAACAGGUUCCUCUUCUGGGCCGUCAUCAUCGGCGGCAUCUCCGUCUUCCCCGUCGUCUACAUCCCCUACGUCAACCACAACUUAUUCAAGCACACGGGCAUCACGUGGGAGUGGGGCGUCGCCGUUGCCUUUACUAUUCUCUUCGUCUUUGGCAUUGAGGCGUGGAAAUUUGUCAAACGGACGUUUGGCCUGCUCGAGAGCGGCGCCGUCGUACGCGGCUCGUUCAACCAGGGCGAGGAGAGCACCGGUACGGGUAUGCGCCGCACCAUGACAAUGAGCAGCUUCAAGGAGUGGGCGAGCUUCUCGCGGUCAAACACCCAGGGACGCAGGUCGCGAUCUCAGUCUCGAUCCGGGCCGCGAAGGGCCACGAGUGACGUCUCUGGCUCUACGCAGCAUGACGGAGCCACGGCCGAGCAGAAGGUUUGA